AUGAGCAGUAGAAAAGCGCUGCCGAUGGGCAAACAGUUGGAACUGAACGAUCUCGUCGACCAGCUCGUGCCACUCGGAUUCAAAGAUGCAAACACACUCACGGAGCAGCUGGCGCAGCACCGAGAAAUGUACGCCGUGCUGGAACGCAUCCGACGGCUCGAGUCGGAACUGAAGCUGCGCACGACCAACGGACGACCCCGGGCGGAUAAUGUCGAUCGAUUCGUCCAGUGGGCCACCGCUAACGGGUGCUUCUGUGGCAAGGUACGCAUCAUGGACCAUCCGAUCUACGGUGGCCUCGGGCUGGAAUCGACGGGGCCAAUCGGUGCCGGAGAAAGUGUGAUCGAAGUUCCGCGGGCGCUCUUUUUCUACGUCAACAACGAGCAACCCUACCGGCAGGUACUCGAGCUGAUGCCCGGUGCGAUGAUGAAGGAACAGGGCAACAUUAUACUGGCUCUCGCGCUCAUCAUGGAACGGUUUCGGAAGGACAGCUUCUGGAAGCCGUACCUGGACGUGCUACCGGAACGGUACACUACGCCGCUCUACUACACGCCGGAGGAUAUGAUUGAACUGCGCGAAACGGCAGCCUUGGAGUCGGCGCUGAAGCUGUGCAAAAACAUUGCCCGACAGUACGGGUUCAUCAAAAAGUUUGUACAGGAUAAGGUGGACGCCCUGAAGCUCACCUUUACGUACGAUAUCUUUCGGUGA